AUGGAAUCCGCGGCCAAACGCUUUUUCUCUCUCCCGUACUUUGCGGUCAUUGGCGCGUCUCAAGACCAAAGCAAGUUCGGAUAUAAAAUUUUUGCAUGGUAUCACGUCCACUCACUUCCGGUGACGCCAAUCAACCCUGGCCGCCCCUCAAUCUCGGUGCCCUCCAAGACCUACGACACGAUUCCUUCGGUCUCGGCGCUGCCUCACCCGACCGAGACGGGACUGUCUUUGGUCACGCCGCCCGCGGUCACUAGGCAAGUGCUGAAGGACGCCAAAGCCGUGGGAAUCACGGCCGUCUUCCUACAGCCGGGGACCUUUGGGGACGAAGAACUCAAGUUUGCCAAGGACAACUUUGAGUCCGCAGUGGGUGGCUUCGAAGAUGGCACGGUGGGCGGAGAGGGGUGGUGUGUGCUUGUCGACGGUGAAAAUGCACUGCGCGCAGCGGGACGGGAGAUUGUAAGGCAGAAGUUGUAG